AUGGAAAUGGGGAACGCGACGGAUAUGGGAGGUGGGAUGCCAGAAAUUAUGCCAGGAACUAAUGUCAUGGCAGGUGACAUGAUGCCGCCACCCCAAGCUGAUGUACAAUGGAUAUUUGAUCUCGCUUGGUUAGGUGAAGGUAUAAAAGCUGAUGGGUCUAUAUGCGAGGAGCAUCCUCCAAAGUUAUCUUCAGAGGGUGUUUGGGAGAAAUUUCUUUUAAACGAAAGAUCUACUCUACUUCUUAGCCCUUGGCAGUAUCGUCUUCCAAAUCUGGAGUGCGUCAUCGUGAUCGUCUUUUUCCUUUGGCAACUCUUGGAUAUAUUGUUCAAGAAAUUUGGUAUUUCUGUUCCCAAGUUCACAUCUAUGAUGCUUGCAGGGCUGCUCCUAAACGUGAUAAUUACUAUUUCCGGCGACAAAUCGAUUAUGAAACAGAUCUUACUCCCUUCAAACAGAAUCGACGUUCCUGGAUGUCUUGGAUCUUUUGGCUUUAUGAUUUUCUGGUUCCUCAAGGGUGUGAAAAUGGACGUCAAGAGAAUCUUCAAGGCUGAAGCAAAGGCAAGAAUCACCGGAGUUGCGGCUGUUACAUUUCCUAUACUUGUUGGCUCAAUGCUUUACAAGUUUAAAUCUGCAAAGAACCGACCUCUCUCAGCCAAUAGUUAUGACCUAUUGCUUCUCAUGGAGAGCCUCACGUCUUUCUCCGGGAUUGCAAGGCUCUUGCGCGAUCUCGGGAUGAACCACUCGUCUAUAGGCCGGAUCGCUUUAUCCGCAGCCUUAGUCUCUGACAUGGUCGGACUCUUGUUCUUGUUGGGAAACGUUCCAUUAACUGCGGAAAAGUUGAUUUUCGGGUUGGGUACACUAGUAGAAAUGAGUUUUUUCAUCGUCAUUGUGUUCACGGUUGUGAGGCCGUUAAUGUUCAAAUUAAUCAGAAGAAAACGAGAAGGCAGACCCAUCGAAGACAUAUACAUCUAUGGCAUUCUCGUCUUGCUUUGUUUAGCGUGCAUGUAUUGGAACAACAUCCAACAGUUUCCCGCACUUGGAGCUUUCUUUCUAGGUCUCGCGAUACCUAAUGGACCUCCUAUUGGAUCUGCAUUGGUCGAACGGCUAGAGAGUUUCAACUUCGGUAUCAUAUUGCCUCUCUUUUUAACAACUAGUAUGCUCAGGACCGAUUUGUCAGUUUGGAAAGGCUCUUUAACAUUCUUCAGCAGCAAUGACCAGCAAUUCGCCGUGGCCUCUCUCGUCUUGCUCAUCUUCUUGUUAAAGAUCUCUGUCUCAAUGAUCGUACCUUACCUCUAUAAAAUGCCAUUGAGAGACUCUGUUGUUCUUGCCCUUAUUAUGUCACAUAAGGGUAUUGUCGAACUCAGUUUCUACAUGUUCUCUUUCGGCUUACAGCUUUUGACAAGAGAGACCUUCUCAGUCCUAGUCAUGUCCAUUGUUCUCAACUCGUUGCUCAUACCAAUGGCCAUCGGAUUUCUCUACGACCCAUCGAAGCAAUUUUUGUGUUACCAAAAGAGAAACUUAUCGAGUAUGAAGAACACUGGAGAGCUAAAGACUCUUGUGUGCAUCCAUAGACCAGACCACAUAUCUUCCAUGAUUAAUCUUCUUGAAGCUUCUUAUCAAUCUGAGGAGUGCCCUCUCACUUGCUACGUGCUUCACCUCGUCGAGUUACAAGGCCAAGACGUUCCCACUUUGAUCUCACACAAAGUUCAGAAACUUGGGAUUGGAACCGGGAGUAAAUUAUCCGAAAACGUCAUCCUCUCUUUCGAACAUUUUAACCGUUACGUAUGCAGUUCCAUCUCUAUAGAUACGUUCACUUGCAUUGCAAAUAAGAACCACAUGCAGGAUGAUAUUUGUUGGCUAGCUCUCGAUAAAGCUGUCACGUUAAUCAUUCUUCCUUUCCACCGGACUUGGUCUCUUGACCGAACAUCCAUCAUCGCCGACAGUGAGAUGACUCGGUUUCUUAACUUCAACGUCUUGAAACAAGCUCCUUGUUCUGUCGGUAUCCUUGUCGAACGCCAUCUCGUUAACAAAAAGCAAGAAACUCAGCAAAACACUAAGGUGUGUGUGAUAUUCGUGGGAGGAAAAGAUGAUAGAGAAGCAUUAGCUUUCGCCAAGCGAAUGGCUCGUCAAGAGAACGUGACACUAACAGUUUUACGACUCCUAGCAACCGGAAAGAGUAAAGAAGCGACGGGAUGGGAUCAAAUGCUUGACACAGUGGAGCUAAGAGAGUUGAUGAGAAGCAAUGAUUCAGGAAUGCUAAAAGAAGAGAGUUCAACGAUUUACUUGGAACAGGAGAUUUUAGAUGGAGCGGAUACGUCGAUGCUUCUACGUUCCAUGGCUUUCGAUUUCGAUCUUUUCAUUGUGGGAAGAACAUGUGGUGAAAACCAUGAGGCGACGAGAGGGAUAGAGAACUGGUGUGAGUUUGAGGAGCUUGGAGUUAUUGGUGAUUUCUUGGCUUCACCAGAUUUCCCGAGCAAAACGUCUGUGUUAGUAGUGCAACAACAACGAACGGUAGCCAAUAAUUAG